CGGCGCUCCACCUACCAACUGGUAGCCCAGGAGGCGCUGAGGCCGCAAAGAGAAGUAGCCGUUGAUGCGGAGGGGACGGCCACGCGCACGGUUCUGUAGAAGUUUUAAACUGCUGACUCAAUGGGCAGAUGUAUCUUGUGUCGCCAUGUCUGUGCAUGAGCACUAAGGUACCAGAUGGUGCCUAGCCCCCUGUUGCAUGUUGGCCUGGCUUAAACCAUUGAUAAAGAGACUGCAGCCUGGAAAACCCACCAGAACCAGACUGCAGAACAAUGACAUUUCACCCAAGAAUCUGAAGAAGGAAAAAACCCUUUUUGGUUUGGAAAAAAAGCAGAAAAGGAGAUGACAUUUCAGAGGCGAAAACAGGAAAUCUCAUAGCUUCUAGAAUUCCACACAUUUAAACGGGCAUGUUGACGGUUUUCCAUCCAGAACUUUUUCAUCUUGAAACUCUUAUGGCUGUCCUAAAUAUCAGUGAUGGAAAUUAAAUUAGAAGUUGUAGCUUCAACAUGCAUCAAGCAAAGGAAGCCCUGGCCUCGAAUCAUUUGGCUGGGCCAGGAAAAAGAGGCUGUGUUUCUUCUGGAUGCGAGAAACCUAAAUGAAAUUAACCUGCUUUCAGGAAAGACAAAAAAGAAAAUCCCUCUAUUACAUCCCUUGCUGAAAAAUGUUGUAGUCUUAACAGCAUCAAGGAAUGGAGCAUGGCUGGCAGGGUUGCUUAAAACAGGAGAGAUCUUUCUUUGGAACAAAGAUCAAGAUGAUCUAAAAACCGUCUCGGCAGUUGAGGAGUCUAUGAAAGCAGUCAUAGCAGCACAAGAAUGUUCUUUGAAGCUAUAUCUUUAUGUUUCUGAUGAUGGAAAAAAACUGCUCCUUGCUACUUCGGUCUGUGUCUUUCUGUGGGAGAACACAGAAUGUGAAAAUACAUCGUCUAAGCAUUGUUUAAUGGGACAGUGGUCACAAAUUAUUCCUGAAGCUUCAGUUUCAUUGCCAUCUGUUGAAGAGAAAGAAGCUGCAGUGAGUGCUGAAUUCAUCAGAAAUGAGAUGCUGGGUGACUGCUGUUUGUGUUGUUUUGCAUUUUGUUCUGAGGAGCAUUUGAUGCUAACAUUUUUAGAAAUUCGGUGGCAGGAGAACAGUUUUAGAAGUCCCGGUUCUUCUCCUUCUCAGAUACAUUGGGCACAGCAAACAUGCUCUCUGCCUAAUCUGAUUCCUUGUUGUGAGUCAGUGAAAUCAAGAGGUGCUUUGCUGACUUCAUUUUCAAAUGAUGGGCUUGUACUGGCAAUAGCUGUCAAUCAGAAAGAUCCACAGGCAACUCAGAUUUUGUUUAUGAGCACCAUGAAUUUCGUUACUGUUUCUGGAAGUGUUAAGGGCUGUGGUAGCAAGAAUCGGAAGGUUCCAUCAAAGUUUAUAAGGUCCUAUUGGAUUGCUAGCAUGAGCUGGACUCCCAAUAACCUUUUCUUGGCCUGCAUGUUAAAACGUGGGUCAUUGGUCUUAAUGACGUGUUUGGGUGAAUUACUGACUUUGGUUACUUUUGGUUGCUCUGUAGAGUUUGGCCCAGCAGAAUUUAUUCCUCUGCAUCCACUAAUAACAUACAGAUCACACCUCGCUCUGUUUCAAGAUUCAAAUCACUCCCAUAAUUCAUCAGCCUCUGAAGGAGAUCAUAUGAGGCAGAUGUUUUCUGUAACAUCCCAUCCAAGGUUACCUUACCUCAUUGUCUCUGAUGGGUACAACAUAACGGUUCUUAGAUUUUGCAGCAAUUUUUCACCAUCAGCAUUUUUGAGAUCAUUACUGCUUGACUCAGCCCAGAGACUUGAAAAACUACACCACAGUCUGACUGCAUCUAAGCCUAGAGAAAAACGUCUGCCACUGCGAUCGCUGUCCUCCUUAAGAGUUAGUAUAUUACAGAAUCAUCAACACCAGAGUUCGUUUGUCUCUGCAAUUCCAAAAUUUCUGCAAGAUGACGAAGGGACAGAACAAAAUAGGAAAGUAAUAGGCUUUCAGAAUGACGCUGAAGAUUCUGAUGAAGACAAGCAGUUUCAAAGCAGUUCAUUUGUUUUUGGGAGCCAAAAUGCCGAUACCUCUUUAAGCAACGAGGGCAGGUUGGAAUUUGCAUCCAUGUUCGACACCAUUCAUGCGGUGGACAGAACUGAAGAGAAAGAUGGCAGAACUUUAGAACUGAACUAUAUUCAAAAAAAUCUACUUGCAGCUUGGAGAGUAGGCAUUUCAAGAAGUGUACAAGAAAGAGAUAAAUUGCUAAGUUGCACUACCAGUUGCAUUGUACACUUUUUCAGUGUUUUACAGUAUGGAAAGCUUAACUUUGCAAACUUAAGUCACUCUUUCAAGGAUAAUCCAUGGAUACAGAGUGUCUUAAACUGUUUUCAGCAGUUUCUGACUCUCCUGAGUUGGGAUGCUAUGCACGGCCAGACACUGGGACAUCUGCUAAAGCUGACGUUGCGUACCCUAAAACUAAUUCUUGCUGAACAGCAUGGUCGUCUGUUUCCUAGUAAUCUUUUGGGAGGCUUCUCUUUGCUGAAAAUGGUUUCCUGUUGCCUAAAUGACAAAAAAGUGCCUCAAUAUGAGAUGCUUCCAGCAAUCCUGGAUGUCAACAGCAGUGUAAAACUGGACUCUUUAGCUACGCUUGCAUUUCAAGCUAAGGACUGGAGCUGCCAUCAAAAUUGUUGUGCAGUGAAUUCCGUACUUAAAAACUCUGUUCCAGCAGUAAAGCUGGGAAGGAAUUCAGAAAAGAGGUUAACUGUACUGUGGCAGUUUCUCUAUCAGCAUGUCCUUUGGUAUCGGGCGCAGCCAAGCAGGAAAAUGCUGAUCUCAAGUAAACCACAAUCUGAAAUACAAAAUGUACACAAAGAACCAAUGAUUGAAGCUCUGGCGAGUCACAUACAGGCCAUCCUGCAGUCUUCAGGGGAGAAACUGGAGAAAACACUGAAGCUGAACUCUGUGGCUGGUGAAGAACAAUUUCUGACAGGGUCUUAUAGAGAAUCUGUGGAGAUAUGGGAGAAAGCUCUUCAGGAAACCAUAGGAAAAGGAGGAAAGAGAAUACCUUUUCUUCAAACUCGAUACUGCCUUGCUAUAUUAUAUUGUCAUCUGUAUUACUACAAUCUUAGCAAGGCUCAAGGUCUGUGUGAUCAUCUCGUGUAUGAGCUCCUAAAGCGGACUAAUAUUUCCGUAAGCGAGAAGGACAAUGUCCCAGAUGCUGAACUCAUGAUAAGAUCUGUUCAUACUGAGGCUAUCCUGGCAGUAGUUCAGUCCUUGGCACGAUUCAUGGCGGCCUACUUCACUAAUGAGCCGCUUUUUGUGCUUCUUCCGCAUAACAUUGACGUGUUACCUUCACUUCACAUCAAGCCAGACAGGUAUCCUCGUAUUACACCAUUGCAGCAUUCCAGAAUCACCACAGCAAUUACGGAUCAAGGUCUUUCUUAUGUCUGGACAGCUGAAUACUGUCUUGACUUGUUUCUGAUCGGUGGGCUAGUUCCAGAAGCUAUGUGGCUGGUACAUAAGCUUGGAGACUGGAAGAUGUCUGUUUCAAUUGGAGUGGCUUUUAAUCAGUAUUGCCAAAGCAACAACAGCUUUUCAAGGUCACAAACGGUAGAUCUAUAUUUGCCACUGUACUUGACUCCAACACACAUUUUUCAAGAAAAAUUAAAGUCUUUUAUGGGCCAGCCUACUGGUAUGGAAACUUCAAGUGAAGGAGAAAUGAAAUACAAACAGUUUACAGAUCCUAUUGAGGAGGAAGAUGCAAAUGUGCUUUUUAAAUCAGUUGAAGAAAUACUGAAAGCAGCUGUUAUGGCAGACGCAGACAUUCUUUCGGAGAUAUUGCAGCUCUUAAUGGACUGUGUGAAGGACCUUUGCAGAAAGUUCUACAGUUUGGUGCCUGAGAGCUUAUAUCUUCCCGCACCACCCUUAUACUGUCCUCAGCCAGCAUUUCUGAGUGAAGAAGAAUGCACUGAUCUGCCACUAAGAAUAGAAAGGGAAUGUCGGCAGAAGGUUUCCGGGGUGGUUCAGCGAAUUCUGCUGCUUUUCCAGGCUGCUCAUUGUUCUUUUCCUGCUGCUCAGUGGUAUAUCAUGCAACUGAAGUGGGCAAGAAAAAUAAUGCAAAAGAUUCGCAAGAAAGGAAGUCUUCCCUUGUUAAAUAGUCUUCCUGAAAAUUUGCUUAAUUAUUCUAAAUCUCAUUCAGUAUUCUUUAGACCUAUGUCAUCUGGAGACAGCGGAUUUGAUGAUAUUUCAUGUAGGACAAUAGAGUGCUUCAGGGAAUUAUGUGCAUUAUGUUGGAUGCUUCACGUUCGUGAAAGGUUGUCGGACAGUUGCAGGCGGUACCAAGCUGCAAGAGAGAAUUCAGGAAUUCAGAAAGAAAUUACAACAACUGAAUUUGAUGCCUGUGUAGUCGAGCAUUGCCUGAAAGCACUGGAAUGGGCUUGCCGAAUGCUUCCUUUUGCUAGGUUCAUGAAUGUCGAAGAACUUGUCCAGGACAUCAUUCUGAGUCUUAUUGGGGAAUUGCCACCAGUCCAAAAGGUGGCAGAAAUUUGGGUGAAAGCGUUUCCUAACCGCGAAGAUGUAAGAGUCCCAUUAAGAGAUAAAUAUAAUGGUCUGCACCAGCGACUUAGACAUUGUGUAGUCAAAGGGCCCAGUGGUGAAAAUAUGAUGUCUGCAGUUAUAGAGGCUGCUCACAAAGUGAAUCUGAAAACAUUAAAGCGUGUGAUAAGGAACAUAGGGCCCCAUCAAAGAAAUAUCUGGGAGCCGCCUGAAGAGGAGUCCCAAGAUCUUGGAACUUGCUGCUAUGAUGGAUUCUCUUUGGGAACGAGCCUGAGCAGAAGCACAGUCUCUGAUCUGGGGAACCCUCAGGUUUACAGUGAUGCAGAAACAGGAGACUCUGUCUCUGAAGCCUUGCUGAUGGAGGAAACCAGAAGGAGAACUCCUUCACAGAUGCAAGAAGACGACAGGGAAAUCUUUAACCAUGCAGUGGAUUUGACAGGAUAUAAGAGCGCACCUGAAAAGUUAAAAGACUUCAGCAUGAAAGAAACAAACAGCAAAAGCAAAACCAACAAAGCCCUCUCUGAUCGUUGUGUUUUGCCUGUAGUCGGUGAAUGGGAAUUUGAACGUGAUGAUGAUGAAUACGUGAAGUUCUUAGACCUGUUUUUGACUUACGUGCUUGAAAGAGAUCACAUCAGUCACGGGGACUCGGCAGUGCCUUUCCUGAAGAGCUUUUCAGCCCUCCUUAGGGAACACGAACUGAACUCCCUCCUUUUUGAUGUUCACACGACACUGAAACGUCGACAGAAUAGAACUAAAAGCCAAACUGUUUUUAGGGCUGGCUCUUCCUAUGCUCUUAUUUUGAACCCUAGUAAUUCUCAGCCAUCUUCUUUGUGUGAUGAAGAGAAGAAAGAAUUUAAAAAACACUCGCUACCUGUCUCCGUUCAACAACCAACCGAGCCUCCUGGCCAUGACUCUGUGAGGAAACUCGGCUCAAAAAGAGGAUUAUUUGGUCCAAUCCCACUGUCAGUUUAUGCAGCCAAUUCCAGGAAAGGGACAACACUUUCACCAGUAUUAACUCAGUGUCCACCUGACCAUGCUUCUUCUGUCCUCCAAAUACCUCCAGUUCAGAAAUAUAUCUACAAAGCCAUUGAGGUGACCAAUGAUGUACAGAGAGAGGAAUCUGCUCCAGAAAUGAAGAAUGCAUUUGAUCAUGUUGCCCGCUUGCUUGAAUGGAUGAUCAGGUGGUCUGAUAGACAGCUGCUUUAUGAUUGGUUCUCAGCAGACCCACCUCAGGAGCGCCGACCAAUGAUGCACGUAAAAACAUCCGCAUCUGCCGUCCUUGCAUCAUUCCAGCUUUUGGAGCAACGGUGCAUCAACGAAUCGCAAGAUCAACACGCUCGCUUUUGGAACCCCAGGAAACCUUGUGCAAGUACCGGUUCUUCGGGUAUUCCAUCCAAAUUAGAGAAAGAAAGUAGUGUGGAUACAGGCUAUUCUCCAUCAGUCAAAACGCCAGUUGGUGUCCAAGGUGGAAAUGCUUAUUGUGAACCUUAUGAAAGGACUUCAAGGACUAUGCAUGAAGAGCAGCCUGAGAAGAAAGAAAAUAAUUUCAAGGAUCAUUCUGUAAUACAUGCCACAAAGAGUGGAGAAGAUUUUGAUGAAGGUCUGAUAGAAAUGGGAGGAUGCACACCAGAUGAAGGAGAUGUGUCGUCUGAAAAUGAGUUCUCUGAAGAACCAUUUGCAGCUUCAAGGAGUCCCACCAUAUCUGUCAGCAUUAAAUCAGUUCAAGCAAAAAAGCAACUUUCUUCCUCGCGUGAAGAAUGCCUACAGGAAGAGCCAUUGAUGGAAACAUUGGAUGGGAAAGGAGAAAUGGCCAACCUAAAUGGCGUAGAGCUCUCAGUAUCAGAUGAUCGGCCAUCUUUGACUGUUGUGUCAAGCGUUCAUUCUAGCAGCCCUGUUAGCUCAAAGAAAGAAGAAGCUGAUGCAAGAGAUCGGCCAUCUUUGGCUGUUGUGUCAAGUGUUCAUUCUAGCAGUCCUGUUGGUUCAAAGAAAGGAGAAGUUGCUUCAACAGAACCAGCACCACAGCCAUUAAACAUUUCAGAUACUGUUAGACAAAUGCUUCAAGAUGAAAUGUUUAAACUGGUUCAGCUCCAGCAGAUUAACUUUAUGAGCCUCAUGCAAGUGGUGGGGUCAUCUUUUGCCAGCCUGCCAGAAGUGCCACACCAUUUGCAGCAGUCGCAGCCUUCUCACUUAGGGAGCAACCAGGUUUCAAAUCCUGCAGGAGCUGACUUUGACAGGCGUCCUCCAGGACGUUCAGCAGAUGGUCCUUCAAAAAGAAAACAACCCACCCUAGAAAACACUUCAAAUUCUAAUACAAAAAGCUCCUGUCAUCAGGAAGAGAACGUUCCACCUGAACAAAAUGACAGUGAAAAUAUACAGAAUCUUCCAAAUGUUGGUGAUGCUUCAGGGUUACGAGAGGGCACAUCAUUUGGAACAAGGAUGAUUCCACCCUUUCAGGACUUGCUUCAUCAGGCUUCACCCAGACCGCUACCUCUACUGUCAGCGUCUCAUAAUGUUCAAGAAACCCCUAGACUUAUUCCACUGGCGAGACUCUCAGAUAAUGCAAAUAGAUUACCUCUGCUUAAGCUUAAACCAAGCUAUAAGUUCCAGUCACUAAAUAUCUGCCUAGUAAAACUUCACCAAGAUUUUAGUGGACCAACCUCACAACCUCGAGAAGCCUGGGGUCCACCUCCUGUAGUGGAGAAUCCUCCGGGUUCACAGGAACCACAGUACAAAAAAGAAUCAACAGGAUACCUAAAAUUGGACGAUAAUCCUGAAGUUCUAAGGCAAGCACAAGAGGAGGGGAACAAACACUCAGAAGUGAUGAAUGAGGGACCUUCCAGACAUCUCCAUCUGCCUGAAUAUGAAAAAAAGGAAAACGUGGCACCUUCAGAACAUCUUCAUGCUUGUUUAAGUGCAGAGAAACCACUGGUGGACCAUGACAUUUCCUUGCAUAAAACAUAUAAAAAUUUUGUUCAAAUUCCACUACUGUGCCUGAAGCCUCGUUCACAGGCCGGAUAUCCUUUGCCUGUAAGGCCUGUGAAAUUGACAUCAGAGGACACGGAAUCCAGGAACCCCCAGUGGCAAAAAGGAAUACCAUUACUGUAUUCUAACGUACCUCCACUCGCCAAGUUUCCAACACCAAAACUCAUCCCACUUCAGAAACUUAUUGCCUCUGAGCAAAGCCAGGCCCCAUUUAUUGGACAUGAAGGCCAUCCAGAACAGAUCCAGCUACUAAAAGCCAACAUUAAACCCUUUGAAGCAAGAGAAGACAGGAAUAAUAAAAUGAGGCAGAGAAGGCGUGUCAAGAAGCAGAUCAAGGAGAAAGAAGAAAGGAAGACUGUGACUUUUCAAGAAACUGACCCCACCCUCCCACCUGGCAUUCUAGAAAAAACAAAGGAUGAGCCCAACUGUGAUCUUAAAGAUGGUGACUACUUGCUAGACCCAGAAGCAGAUAUUUCUUCAGCAGGACUACACUACUUGGCUUCUGUACGAAAAAGGCCCAUAGAUCUUCAAGAUGCUAGUACAAAUACAGACCCCGUUCUUAAAUCGCAUCAAGACAUGCAAACUGUCUCAGAAGAAGUAGUUUCUGAAACUGAUAAAAAUCAACCUAUCAUCUCUGUUCCAGAAUCAGAAUUAUCGCCUUCGUGUGUUCCUGAAAUGUUACCACCAGACCUGUACUUCAAUCUGAGAUUCCCCACUGAAGCCUCAGAGAGGCCCCUGCCAUCCUCCUUAUCUAGGACUACAUUUGAUUUGGGUGAACGGAAGUAUAUCAACGUGAUUGAUAUAGAAGAUGACGACCUUCUGAAAAACUUGCCAGAGAUAUCAGAGCCUGCAGCGAAGGGCCUUAUCCUGCAGUCUGAGAAGCCUGAAGUCACAUCUUCUGCAAAACUACAUCACAUGGCAGCAUCUGUUACCAAUUCAAUUCCACCCGAAGAAUUUGAGAAUGAAGGGCAUGGGGUUCAAACGGAACCAUUGCGAGCACCACCGGAGAAUCUGGAGGCGGAAAUCGCUGGUGAUCCUCUCACAUUGGGUCUACUGCAAGAACAUUUCAGCACUAACUUCCCUCCAGGACUGUUAGCUAAACAAAUCAGCAGAGAGCGUUUCUGUGCCAGACUACAAGAAAUGGAUAAGCAGCUAUCAGCCAUACAGAACAUGGCGGAAAAAAUGGAGCAAGAAUUCAGAAAUACUAAACUGCUGGUAAAAUCCCCACUAGGUGAAACCGAUCCAGGAGACGAUGAAGUUUCCUACUAUGCACCAGGUGUUAAAGUCUCCAGAGAAGAACGUUAUUCAGCCCGUGUGAUUGUGGAGGAUUUCGCAGAGGAGGAAGACUAUAUAAAACCAGAAUCUCCUCAAAACAGUUAUACUGCCUUCCAAACUCCCUCCAUUUCUCAUUCAGCAUCAGCAGCUGAUCUAACCAGUGUCAAAAAGUCAUCUUCAGAUAUUUAUACCAGACUUGGAGAACUGGAUGAAAGUUUCUCAGAAGAUCCCUUGAAUAUUACUGGCUUGAGUGGUGUUACCGACAUCAUAACUGACCUCAUAACGGAAGGUGCCAUUUCAGCUGCAGAACUGGGCCUCACCCAUACACAGGCCAAAAAGAUCUCCAGAUGCUCCAGUGCCGUGAGCAGACGUCCACGUCGAUCAGAACGGGAGAAAAAAGAGUUACAAGCCUGGAUGAAAAGAAAGCGAAGGGAGAGACAAGAGGAGUAUCUGCAACAGCUGGCUGAACAAAGAGAAAAAGAACAUGAUCCAUUUCCUUUGAGAAACAACUCACAGCUUGGAUAUACAUCACGGGAAAUCAAAUUGCAGCAAAAAAAGAAAGAGGAAAAAGAUAAACUCUUAUUGUCGGAGCACCAUAAUCUUAGAGUCUCCCAAGCCCUCAGCCUGAUGGACGAGCUGUUAUCAGACACAGUGCAGCCUGGAUCGUUGUCUAAAGCAAGGCUGCCGCAAGAUGUCAAGCGGCCACGUGUCUCUCCUUAUGGAAGUCGCUACCAAGCUGCAAGGAACAGCACCACUUCCAGAACUGGGCUGGGUGAGACAAGAUCCUCUUCCAGUCUACGCUGUGACACAACUCAAAGAAAAGGCCUAUCAUCCCGAGCACCUUACAGAAGAACAGCCUCAGACACCUUGCAAAGGGAGUUGUGGUGGAAAAGCAGAAGCCAGAGAAGCAGGUUGGACUUGGGAAGUCAAGCUUCCAAUCAGAGAAGGAUCCCAUCUACCAGCAGAGCAACUCAGGCAACCGAGGAGAGUGAAGAGGAAAUGAGCAGCUGGAGCAUCCCCGAUGAGAUCCAGCGGAUAUUGCAUAGCAGUUCCACUUCUCAUUUAGAGGGUCUUUUGCGUCCCAAAGAUAGUUUCUCCAUGGCCAGCAUUAAUAACCUGGACAGCGUGUCUGAAAGCACCAGCAGCAUCCUGAGCAAACUUGACUGGAAUGCAGUAGAGGCCAUGGUAGCAAAUCUGGAAGAAAAAUGAAGCCACUGUAAAGGACAUUGGGAUGCAUAACUGUUUGGGAAGGUAACUCAUUGAAUUUUAGGGGAAAUGCACCACUGUGUUCAUAUUGGGGAUGCUACAGAGCAAAUCCUGCCCAAAACAUUCUUACAAGAAAAUCAUAAGUGAUGGAAUCCGAGCCCUUAAAAUCAGUAAUUUGGGAUCCAUGUAUGAAAUGGACUUGUGGAAUUAUGCAGGAUGACACAAUACCAUGUAGGCCUCUUGGAACAUGCAGAUGUGAAAUAAACUUAGCAGACAAGAAUCCGUUCCUGUCAUUUCUGAAAGUAACGGAGCAUUUAAAAUGAUUGUGCAUGAAUGUCAAGACUACAAAUGUAAUUAAUGAUUCUGAAUUAUAUUUUAUGAUUCUUCAUUAUGUUUUAUAAUUAUUAAGGACUUGCUUUUAAUAAAGUGUUUUCUGAUAA